CUGAUGUUAAGCCUGUACGACCGGACUUUUAGGGCGCAUCCAAACUCCAUCAAUUUUGCGCCGGCCAGCUGUCUCAUGCCAUUGGCAUUGGUCCUCGAGCCUAUUAAAGGUCCAGGAACAGCUUCAAAGUCUUCAGAUUGUGUAGAUUUGAUUUCAACAGCAAUCCAUCAAGAGAACGCUGCACACAAUCAGCCUGGCGCUGCAUCUGUUAUGAGCCGCAGGCGCCCUCUCCCCUCUAGCCUCUAGGAUCGAAGUCCCUGCUGCGGGGUCCGGAAGCGGAGCCUUCAGAUCGUGGCUUCCUGCGCACCUCCUGGGUCGGCCAUAUUGUCCACUCAGACUGCACGAUUGCAGCCAUUGUUUCAGUUGCAAAAGAAGAAGGUGGCCCAGAAUUUGGGAGACCAGUGUUGGAACAACAUGGCCACUUGUCAGAUUGUCCACCCAUCCGCAACCCUGAGCCAAACGAGGCUCUGUUCACUCCACAAUCCAACAGCAUUGCAUUCUACUAGGUUAUUCUCGUCGCCCCAUCUUUCCAGUUGCCUGGUUCUCCCAGCAGAAGGACCAUCAUCUUUGCAAUUGCCUCAUUUAGCGGUGGCUCGGGCAUAUUCUGUUGCACGGAAGACCACUAGACCGGCACUAGGAAAGACUGGGACAAGCUGGCGGCCAGUGACAGCAUUCGCUCCUUCUCUCCCAACACGUUUCCAAGUAGCUCGCAAUUGCGCGGGCAGGAUCAAGCGUAGGCAUGCCGAGAUCCAUCAUUCAAAUGAGCGCGGCCUGGUCUGCCGAGCCUCGUUCAGCUGGCGCGACUCAGGCGAUUCGGAAGAGGAAGAGUGCGACGAGAAUGGCAUCUGCACCCCAGCUGGUAUGAAGGUGUUUGACGAUGGGAGGCAACUGUUCAACCAGCGGGAGUUCUACAAGUGUCAUGACGUCCUUGAGGAGCUGUGGCAUGUAUCUCCGGAGCCGCAACGCUCCGUGUUGCAUGGGAUCUUGCAGUGCGCCGUGGGACUGUACCACCUGCAGAACCAGAACCAUAGGGGUGCGCUCAUCCAGUUUGGAGAGGGUCUCCACAAGCUCCGGCGGCAGCAGUUGCGGGACGGGCCGCUGUUCGACUUUGAGCAAGGCAUGUCUGCGCUGCUGGAGUUCGUGUACAACACUCAAAUUGAGCAUGCCGCCUGCGACGAGGAGACGUGCGCCCCAAUGACAGGGGACGAUGAGUCGUACAGGUUGCUGGGAAACUUCGGUGCUGGCCAGCCGAUGUACACGAUCGAGGAAGGCCGUGAUGGUUGUAUAUACCUCCACUUUAACUCGGCUCGGCAGGAAAAGCUGGUAGCCCAGGGCUUCGAGCAACAGCGAGUUGUCCUGCCGGUGCUGGAAGUCACCGAAGCCGAUCUUCUCGAGUUAAGUUGCAGAUGAUAAGGCCAUGGGUUUCGGAAGGUUAUGUGCACGUGUGCACGCCAGUACUUUAGUCGAAUAUAGACUCAAACUUAGAGCCUUUCUUAACAUUCAGGGCCCCCGAAACGAGCAUGUAUUCUCCACCUCUCAGAAGAUGGGUUGACGCUUUCCAAAAUCGAGAAACGAAAGAACAUUUCCGACUAUAGUUGCCCCAUGCAUUGUCUGAUUGACAUCUGCAUGUGUAAAGUAGGUAUAUGGGUG